AUGGAAUCCAUGGAGAAUAGCACUGAGGUGAAUGAGUUUAGAGUCUUGGGACUGAAUGAUACCCCAGAGUUGCAAGUCCUCCUCUUCGUAAUGUUCACCUUCAUUUACCUCAUCCCUCUCAUUGGAAAUCUUGGAAUGAUUGUAUUGAUUCUUUUGGACUCUUGUCUCCACACUCCCAUGUAUUUCUUCCUCAGUAACCUCUCUCUGGUCGACAGUAUUUACUCUUCAGCCAUUACUCCCAAGGUGAUGGCUGGGUUCCUUACAGGGGACAAGGGCAUCUCCUACGGGGGAUGUGUUGCUCAGAUGUUCUUCUUAGUCGCUUUUGCCAGUGUAGACUGUUUCCCACUUUCUGUCAUGGCUUAUGUUGGUCAUGCAGCAGUGUGUAAGCCCUUACAUUAUACUACCACCAUGACUAUCAGUGUGUGUGCUCAAAUGGCAAUAGGCUGCUAUGCCUGGGGCUUUGUUGAAUCUGCCAUCCACACUGGGUUCACCUUCAGCCUCUCCUUUUGCCAUUCCAAUGUGGUCUAUCACUUUUUCUGUGACAUCCCCCCAAUCCUGGCUCUCUCCUGCUCUGAUAUCUACAGGAAUGAGAUUGUGCUCUUCUUCUUAGCAUCUUUCAAUGUCUUUUUUGCCCUUUUGGUCAUCUUGACUUCUUACCUGUUCAUUUUCAUUGCUAUCCUGAGGAUACCCUCCGCAGAGGGUCGGAAGAAAGCCGUCUCCACUUGUGCUUCUCACCGCACUGCUGUGACAGUAUUCUAUGGAACUGUAAUCUACAUGUAUUUACAACCCAGCUCUAAUGAUUCUAUAGACAAUGACCAAAUGGCGUCUGUGUUUUACACAAUAGUAGUCCCCAUGUUGAACCCUAUUGUAUACAGUCUAAGGAAUAAAGAGGUUAGUAAUGCUUUCAAGAAAGCCAUUGAGAAGGUGAAGACUCUGCUCAGCAUAUAA